AUGAUAAAAUCAAAUGAAAAAAGAGUAAACAUAGAUCUUACAUCAAAAAAAGCUAUUCCUUGGUGGAAAUCCAUUAGUAUUGAGCCUGUUGUUUUUCUUUAUAUGUUAGCAAUUUAUGUAAAUAUUCCAACAGAUGAAGCCCUUCUUUAUCGACAAGUUUGUUACAAACUAUAUAAUAUAUCAUUAUGUAAUUCAAUGAAUCUAAUUAAACUCAAUAAAACAUAUAUCUAUGAAAACAUGGAAGAUACAAUACAAAAAUAUGCAUCUAUUUAUGUAAUGUAUUUUAAUUUUGUUUAUUCUAUUCCAUCAAUAUUUAUUUCUAUAAUAUGUGGUGUAUGGUCAGAUAAAUAUUCUCAUAAAAUUCCAAUGAUAUUUGCAAGUAUUGGUUGUAUAUUAUCAACAAUAGUUAAUUUAUUUGUAUCAAUUAUAAAAUAUAAUUUAUCAUUAGAAAUUUUAUUUUUAUCAAAUAUAUUGCUUAGUUUAUUUGGUUCAACAUCAACAAUGUUUUCAAUAGUUUAUAAUUAUAUAUCACAUAUAACAACAAUUGAAAAUCGUACACAACGUAUUGCAAUUAUUGAAUCAUGUUUAAUGUUUGGUUCAACAAUUGGUUUAAUAUUAAGUGGAAUAUUAAUUGAUUUAACAAAUUUUCAAUAUUGUUUUUUAUUUAUUAUUUUUGUUCAUCUUAUUAAUAUUAUAUAUAUUAUAUUUAAUGUUAAAGAAGUUAUUCAACCAAAAGACAAUAUGAAAUCAUACAAGAAUUUUUAUGAAAUUUUAUUUUUUUGUAAUGAUAUAAAAGAUUCAUUUCGUGUUUUAUUUAAACAAAGAGAAUUUAAUCAAAGAAAAUAUCUUCUCCUAGCAAUAUUUGGUCUAUUAUCUAGCAUUUUAACAAGCAUCGGUGAAUCAUCAGUUAUUUAUCUUUAUUUAAAAAAAUCACCAUUGUCUUUUUCACAAAGUCUUUAUGGAAUAUUUCGUGGAUUAAAAUCAUUUGGUCUUGGUCUUGGUUUACUAUUUCUAUUACCAAUAUUACGAUAUCUAUUUAAUAUAAGUGAUAUGACGUGUGCAAUUCUUGGUACAUUAACAAAAUGUACAAGUGAUUUUCUUUAUGCUAUGAAUCAUUCAAAAACAUUUAUUUUUAUGAUCCCAUUAUUCGGUAUGUUAUCAUCAUAUGUUGUUGUAGGUGUUCGAUCAUAUAUUUCAAAACUUUGUAAUCUUGACGAAGAAGGUAAAAUCUUUUCUAUUGUUGCAUCACUCGAAUCUAUUGAUGCAUUGAUUGGAUCACUUUUAUUUAAUAUUCUUUAUUCAUAUACAAUAAGUACCUAUCCGAAAUUAAUAUUUAUUCUUGCUUUUUUUCUUCAUUUUCUAACUUUACCUAUAUUUAUAUAUAUUCUAUUCAAUGAUAAUCAUUUGAAUAGAAGAAACAUAAUUGUAGAACAAAUGAAAAAGAUAUCGACUAUUAAAAAUAAUAAUUCUUUUAAUCAAUCUCAUGUUCGUUAUUCAUCUUUAAUUAAUUAUUUAGAACGAAAUAAUCGAAAAUUUAUAUACGAUUAUAAUAAUUUUGAUAAUGAUAAAAACGAAAUCAGAUAUAUUCUACAACAUAAAUAG